AUGAAGCGGCAGGCCGCCAGGGAGAGCUCCCCUCCGCCUCCACCGAGGGCGGCCGCCAAGCGCCUACGGGAGCGGGACCGGGAUCGCGAGCGAGAGCGGGAGAGCGUCCGCCGGGACGAGUUGGCACCGCCGCUGGCGCUGCUGCUGGCCGACGGCCGUGGACAUCGGCGGAGGAGCCGCAGCCGGGAGAGGGAACGGGAGCGGGAGAAGGCGGCCGUCUCGGCGGCGGCGGUGGCAGCCGGGCUGCGGGCCCCCGCCGCCGCCGGCCUGCGGGCCCCAGCCAGGGACUACAAGACGCUGCUCAUCAGCAACGUGGGCCCGCAGGUCCCCGACGACGACCUGGAGGACGCCCUGUUCCACGAAUUCAAGAGGUUUGGCGACGUGAGCGUCAAGCUGUCGCACACACCAGAGAUGGGCCGCAUCGCCUACGUCAACUUCCGACACGCGGAGGAUGCCAAGGAGGCGCGCCGCGCCAAAAGUACGUCGCGACUGCUGCUGGCCGAGCGGCCCCUCAAGAUCGAGCCGGUGUAUGUGCGGCGGAGGAGCGUCACCCCGCCGGACCCGGGUUACCUUGCCGCCGCGCAGGCGCACUACCCGCCCUACCGCCAGAGGUCACUGUCGCCGCCUGCACCCUCACUAAGCUUGCGGGAGUUGCGCGCCCGCCACUACGCGCUGGAGAGCCUGAGCCGCGAGCGCCUCUUGGACUAUUACGGCAUGCUGGACGAGCGCGGGCGCCCCUACGGUCUUGCGCCCACCCCGCCCCUGCUCCCACCGCCACCGCCUGACGACCUCAAACCCGAGGAUGACCAGCGCGCCACCAGCAAUCUCUUUAUUGGCAACCUGGACGGCGGUGUGACCGAGGUUGAGCUGAGGCGCGGUUUUGAAAAGUACGGCACUAUCGAGGACGUGGUCAUCAAGAGGCCGGCACGGGGCCAGGGCGGCGCCUACGCUUUUGUCAAGUUCCAGAACUUGGACAUGGCCCACCGCGCCAAGGUGGCCAUGCAGGGCCGGCUGGUGGGCGGCCACCCCGUCAAGAUCGGCUACGGCAAGGCCAACCCCACCACGCGACUUUGGGUGGGUGGCCUCGGCCCCACCAACUCGCUGCCCGCCCUCGCCCGCGAGUUCGAUCGCUUUGGCAGCAUCCGCAACAUCGACUACGUCAAAGGUGACAGCUUCGCCUAUGUGCAGUACGAGAGCUUGGACGCGGCGCAGGCGGCCUGCACGCAGAUGAGGGGCUUCCAUCUGGGCGGGGCCGAGCGCCGCCUACGCGUGGACUUUGCCAAGGUGGAGGAGAGCGCCGGCCGCCCUUUCACGCUGGCGCAGCCGCCGCCACCACCACACUACGAGUCGCCGGGCGAGGCCUACGGACGCCGCCGAGCCAGCCUAGAGCGCCGCGCGUCCCCGUCCUUUGCCCCCAGCCCCCCGCGGGGGGUUCAGGAGAGGAGGUCUGCGGCUGCCGCCGAGGCCUUCGGAAGGCGGGGGCGCAGCCGCAGUCGCGAGCGUUGGCCAAAGGAGCGUGAGGAGAAGCGAGCCCGCAGGGGGCGCAGCCGCAGCCUGUCAGCCGAGCGGGAGAAGGCACGGGGGCGGCCUCGCGCAUCGCCCGAGCUCAGCGUGCGGGCGCCUGACUCCACUACCGAGCCGCGGGAUCACACUCCCGAUGCCAGAGAGGCCGAGUCGCCGCCUGCCCGCCAGCGCAAGCCUGCCGAGAGCCACCGUCGCGGGGGCGAGGCGGCUGUCCGGGCCUCGCCGCCCCCGCCCCCUGCCGGCGGCUCGCUGUCAGAGUUCGCGGCAGCUGCGCUGCCUAAAUCUUGGCGCGGCGUCUUCGCGCUGAAGAACAGCAGCUUCCCGGCCCAGCUCUACCUGCUGGAGGGGGGCGCCCCUUUCUUUGGUGCCAUCAUGCGGCGCAACGGUGAGCCACUGAAGAUCGCGCAGCGCCUGCGCAUGGACCAGAGCCGUCUGGACGAGGUGGCACGCCGCAUCAAGGCGGGGCGACCUGACGCCUUCGCCGUGCUGCUGGCCCUGCAGGGGCCGGCGACGGCCCCGCGUCCGGCCGCCCCCGAAGGGGGCCCGCAGGUGCGCCUGCUGCGCCACCUAGUGGCCUACCUACGCAACAAGGAGGCAGCCGGCGUGGUCAGCCUGCCGGGCGCCAUGUUGUACGCCUUCCCGCCCGGUGACUUCUCCCUGCGCUUCCUGCAGGCAGCCAAAAAAGCGGCCACACGUCUGGACGAGGAGCACAUGGUGGUGGUGGUGGUCAACGACACCAAUUGA